UAACCGGAUAACCGGAUCUACAACAGGGAAUGGUAACCAGCAGCCGUGCUGUCAGCCCUGACAACACCUGUAUAAAAGAUAAAUCUGUGUAGCACGUAGCUAGUCGGUAGUUGGGGAGAAGAAAGACAACGCUUUGCCUAUGUUCGGAUUCCCAGAAUAAUCCGCCCUUCUCUCUGCGCUGUUGUCAAAAUCUAAUCAAAAGUGACUUCACGAUGGAAGACAAAAAUCUCGUCGUCCUUGAUGUGACUGGAUUUGAGAACGCCCUGAACGCAAGCUCAGUCAAUUUGGGCUUUAUCGCCGAUGAAAGUACUCCGGAUCCACAAGACUUUGAUGAGACCUAUGGGAAACACAUUGUUUCUGAGGCUGAGACUGGUGCCGAUUUGAAUUCGUACACCGGGAACGUUGAUUUUUCGGAAAAUCCCCAAGAUAAGAAUAGCUCACUUGUUGCAGAUCAUGAAAAUCCUGAAAAUUGGGACAAUCCGAAAUUUUCGGAUAUCAACUUGGAGGACGAUCAAAAUGAAACAGGAGUUGCUACUGGCGUUGAGUUUCCGAAAACAGAGACUGUGUCUAGGGAGGAUACGGAUGAGAUUCAGCUUGCAAAGCAGUCGUCGAGUGUGGAAAAUGUGCCUUCCUGCCCAAAUGGGGUGGAAAACAAAGCAUUUGACAUCGGACAAGAAGGGAUCUCAACGGCCGAUAAACCUCCGAAAGUGACAUUCGGGGAAGACAGCAAAGCCUUCCUUCCAGUCAAUGGAGCGAAAGAUGUGGUUUCUGACCCGGAUACCAAGCAAAUCCCGGAGGACGAUGAGGAUCCUGGGACGGACAUGUCUUGUGGGCUGGGUGGGUGCAGACCAAAGGCGCUACAGAUCACGACCUUGGAGAAACACUUCAACUUCAGCAGUUCGGUGUCCGGUUUCCUGAUGUCCUGUAACGAUCUGGGCUACUUAAUCACCACACUCUUCAUGUCUUACUACGCCAGACGUCUGCACAUUCCGCGAGCCCUCGCACUAUCUACCAUCGUCUACGGGGUGUCCGGUCUCUUUUGCACUAUUGCGUUCUUCGGCUCCAGGGACCAGAUUCCUACGCCGCCUCAAGCAGAAAACGGUGCUACUUCCCAGGCCCCUCCGCGAAGCCCGUCCCAGAUGUGUUUGGCGGGAAACAGCUCAUCGCUUGGUGCCAUGUCCCAGAAUGCCACCUGCGAGGAACUGGCGAAGCGCGUGGAUACCUUUGAGGUGUCAGAGGGUUGGCGGACGGCGGCAGUGGUCAUCAUUGCUAUAGGGAUGAUGAUACAGGGCAUAGCCAAGUCUCCCCGGCAGUCUUUCCUGGGAACGUAUGUGGACGACAACGUGCCCAAGACAAAGUCAACUCUAUACCUAGGUACGAUGGUGGGUUUGUCUAUUUUUGGACCGGCCUUGGCUUUCACCUUGGGAGGUGUAUUCACAAAGAUAUACAUCACUUUGGAGGGUUGGUUCCCAGGCCCUGUCAUUUUCGGUGCGAUCACGGACAGCACAUGCCUUCUUUGGAAAACGACCUGCUCCGGUGCGUUCGGCGCAUGCGCACUCUACGACAUUGACGUCAUGAGGUACCGGUAUCACGGGAUGCAGAUGGGUCUCCGAGCCGUCACAAUCUCCCUGCAAACGAUAGCGCUUCUGUACGCCACCUUCUCCAAAAAGGUUGUGUUCCAGCCUCAUACAGACGAAACGACAACGGUCGGUGUUGACAGCGGUCAUGUGAUGACAGAAAGCCACAAGGCUGGACAGAUUACCAGUUUGAACACGACAGACAAAGAGAUGAAAGCUUGAAACUGUCGUGUUGUGAGUCGUUCACGGCUUUGAAAAACAAUCCCCUGAAGCUUUCGUCUUGUAAGAUGUUGACAGCUUUGAGGAAAACCUUUAAAAGUUGGGGGGUGAAACUUAAACUUGCCCACCCCCUGUUCUCCCCCUUUCACCCCCGUACUCCAUCCCAUGCGGAGCUUCCUCGGCCUGGUGAACAAAUCAGGGGUUUCUAUUCUCCAUGGGGUCAGGCUGGGAUUGCAGUGACGUCUUACCAGAACGACCCAUUUAAGAAUCGGGGUCCAUAUAAUCCUUUAUCACAUUAAGGUUUGACCCUCGCCAAUUUUUUUCCUAUUUUUUUAAGACAUCGAGAAAGAAAUCCUUGAUUCGAUUCUGUGGUCUAGUGGUUAGGCUCUCGGAUUCUCCGCCGUAAGGUCACGAGUUUAUACCCAGUCAGGAGUCCGACGUUGUAUAUUAGGAAAGGGGAGAAUUAGUUAACUGGUUAAAGACAGCGAAAGGUUUUACCAGCUUGUUAGUGUUUUAGCGCGUGUAAUCCACAGCUUGCACUGUAUACGUCCCCCAAAUCCGAGAAUGCUUCUUAGUUGUGUUCUAGGGUCUGCUGCGGAAAUAAUGUAUCGUUGUCAAGCGCAUAGAGCACGCUGCAGUGCUCAAAUAUGCGUUACAUAAACGCAAUUAAUGUAAUUUCUUAUUUUAUAAAUAUUUAGACAUGCACGGGUGUCUUGGGGGUCAUACCCAUGAGCUAAAUCCCGUUUAUUUUAAUGUGAGAUUGAACACCUAAAUCGAAAAUGAAUCUCUACGUCCAAGAAAGCUGUUACGCUUUUCUACACAAUGCCCAUGACUGUACUCCACAUGUAGAGUUAAAUUCGCUAAAAUGUGAUACAAUUUGUCUAAAAUUUCACCUUAAACAUAAUAUGGAACGUUUGAAACAAUAUCUCCUCUCCUUAUAACCCUAUUGGGCUCGUAAAAAUAAAAAUGCCAGUCCGAGGGGUUCGAGACUCAGCUUGGACCGAUUUUGUGUUCUUGGAAAAGGGCAUUUUAAACGAAUUUUCCCAUUUGGUUGGGUUUUAUGAAAGGUGAACGUUAAAUUCAGAGGCCCCGCCUCCUGAAGAACCUUUCAGCAAUGGAAAGAACUGACCUACUUUUGCAAUUUUUAACAGGCCUACUUUAGCCAAAACGCUAGCAUUAUGGCGGUAUAAUGAGAGAUAUCUUGCGAUGUCUCUUGCAUGACCAUUUUAUAAAAAGCGCAAUCAAUACUCCUUUAAACAUUUCUACUAUUGUUACCAAAAACGUUGUUGAUUAGUAGAAUUGAUCUUUCAACAGUUCUCGUCACCAACGACGUU